UCACUGUAGCCCCAGCAGUGCCACCUGUCAGUGUCCAUCAGUGCCUUAUGUCAGUGUCUCGUGCCAGUGCCACAUAUCAGUGCCUACCAGUGCACAUCAAUGCCACAUAUCAGUGCCCGUCUGAGCUGCCUUUCAGUGUCACCCAUCAGUGCCAGUCAGUGCCACCUAUCAGUGCCGCCAAUCAGGGCCACCUAUCAGUGCCAUGCCCAUCAGUGCCACCUAUCAGUGUCCAUCAGUGCAGCCUAUCAGUGCCCAUCAGUGCAGCCUCAUUAGCGCACAUCAGUGAAGGAGAAAAAUCACUUAUUUACAAAAUGUUAUAA